CGCGAGUCCCUUCCACUCCCCGUGUUGCGUUGGUUGUGAGAAAGCAGAGGAUAUCCAGCAUCGUUCAUCAGCCUUCACUUACGACUUCCGUUCCCUUCACUUGCGGUACGAUGCGUUACUCCACCUCCGCACUCGCCCUCGCGGCCAGUGCGUCUGCACAGUACAGCUCCGACUUCCUCCCAUCGAAUCCUGGCGGAGCCAUUCCUGCGGGCAUCGAAGCACCCACGACCGCCGGCUUCCAAAAUGCCACUAUCCAACCCGCCCGAGGAGGUCUCGCGGUCUGCUCGACCGGCGUCGUCGAAGUGACGGCCGGCACCACCAUGAACCUCAAGUUUAAGAAUUUCAACCUUCCAACUAACCAAUCCUCCGUCACGGGCACUUUUGUGGACAUGGGAACGAGCGGUUCACCGUUUAUGCAAGACAUUAUGGGCGGCAUGCAAUCUGUCAAUGGCACGUACAAGAUUGGAGCUACGCUCUGCACGCCCGCCAAUAACACCCAGCCGGAUCAAGUGCAGAUCUUGACGCAUGGUAUUGGGUUUGAUCGAUACUAUUGGGACUUUGCUCCGGGAUACAGUUGGGUGGAUGUUGCUGCUCAAUACAACCACGCCACUUUCUUCUACGAUCGUCUGGGGGUUGGAAAGUCCGACACGCCCGAUGGACUCAAUGUCGUCCAAGCUCCUCUGGAAGUCGAGAUUGCCCAUCAGCUCAUCCAGAUGCUGAGAGCGGGAAAGUUUGGUCACUUUUCGAAAGUGGUUGGCGUAGGACACUCCUUUGGCAGCAUCAUUACCCAAGCCAUUACCUCACAAUACCCUGCGGAUCUUGACGCCGCAGUCCUCACCGGUUUCACCGGCAACAGCUCCGCCGUCGCCCCCUUCCUCCUCUCCCUCAACCUCGCCCUCGCCUCCAACAACGCCCCCUACCGCUUCGCCUCCGUCCCAGCCGACUACCUCGUCUCCUCCAGCGCCAUCUCGGCCCAAAUCGGCUUCCUCCGCACUCCCGGCUUCGACCCAUCCAUUCUCAACCUCGCCGAAGCCACCAAAGGCACCACCACUUUUGGAGAACUCUUCUCCCUCACCGCUUCCACUCGACCGGCAAUGAAUUACACUAAACCCGUCGCGGUCGUGAAUGGCGCGAAUGAUUUUCCGUUUUGUUAUGGAAAUUGCACGUUUCCGAUGAAUCUUGCUGAAGCCGUUUUUCCUGCACUGUAUCCUGCUGCGAGCAGGACGGGAGCGUAUUUGGCUGAGGUGGCGGGUCAUGGAUUGAAUUUGCAUUAUUCGGCUGUGGAGGCGUAUCGUUUUGCGCAGGAUUUUUUGGGGGUGGGGAUUUAGAGUGAUGGAGAUGAUGAGAUGAAAUGGUGGUAAUAUGGAUGUUAUCUAUGAGUAAGUGAGGUGACUAGUAACGAAAAAGAAACAAACAUGAGAAAGGAGAAGAGGCAACUAGUAGUAAAAGAUAUGAUAUAUUCUGUACAUUUACCUAAGCAAUGAUAUAUGAUAAUGAAUUAGUAUACACAC